GCCACUUUCCGGCCGGUGGCUGAGUCGGGCUCAAGUUGUGGGGCCCGGGGGCGCCAUGGGGGCCACUGGCGACGCCGAGCAGCCGCGGGGACCCGGCGGGGCCGAGCGGGGCGGCCCGGAGCUGGGGGACGCGGGCGCAGCGGGGCAGCUGGUUCUCACGAACCCUUGGAAUAUAAUGAUAAAGCACCGGCAGGUGCAGCGAAGGGGCCGCCGCUCUCAGAUGACAACAAGUUUCACAGAUCCUGCCAUCUCCAUGGACCUCCUCCGAGCUGUCCUGCAGCCCAGCAUCAAUGAGGAGAUCCAAACAGUCUUCAAUAAGUACAUGAAGUUCUUCCAAAAGGCAGCACUGAACGUGCGAGACAACAUCGGGGAAGAAGUGGAUGCAGAGCAGCUCAUUCAAGAGGCCUGUCGGAGCUGCCUGGAGCAGGCUAAACUACUGUUUUCUGAUGGAGAAAAAGUGAUUCCUAGAUUGACCCAUGAGCUUCCAGGGAUAAAGCGUGGCCGGCAGGCAGAGGAGGAAUGUGCCCAUCGAGGGAGCCCCGUCCCCAAAAAGAGGAAGGGACGGCCUCCUGGACACAUCCUGUCAAAUGACCGGACAGCCGCCAGCAUGGUAUGGAAACCAAAAUCCUGUGAACCAAUUCGCCGAGAAGGCCCUAAGUGGGAUCCAGCUCGGCUGAACGAAUCUACUACCUUUGUAUUGGGAUCAAGAGCCAACAAGGCCCUGGGGAUGGGGGGCACCAGAGGGAGAAUCUACAUCAAGCACCCACACCUCUUUAAGUAUGCUGCUGACCCCCAGGACAAGCACUGGCUGGCCGAGCAGCAUCACAUGAGGGCAACGGGGGGAAAGAUGGCCUACCUCCUCAUUGAAGAGGACAUCCGGGACCUCGCAGCCAGUGACGACUACAGAGGCUGCCUGGACCUGAAGUUAGAGGAGCUUAAGUCUUUUGUCCUACCUUCCUGGAUGGUUGAGAAGAUGCGAAAGUACAUGGAGACACUGCGGACAGAGAAUGAGCAUCGUGGGGUGGAAGCCCCUCCACAGACCUGAAGCCAGGCUCCCUGGCUACACUGGCAGCCCUCCUCACGGUCCCCUUACCCACAUGGCUGAGGCCACUGCUGGGACUGCGCCUAGGUAGAUCGCAGCGGCAUUAAGCUGUGCCUGGGCUAGUCUGAGUGGCUCACUACAGAGCACCCCCAGACUGGCAUGUGAUUUGUAAAGUUAUUGGGAUAAGAAGCAAUUAAACAGUUUGUAAUAAACACA